AGGAAGUAACUCGCACAAGCGCGUCUGCUACAGCCUUGCGAAGCAGCAGGGAGAAGCGGGGCUGUGACAGGGGCAAAAAACACCAACUGUUACUAGAAAAUCGCAAAAAAAGAAGAUGGCGGACUUGGAGGCGGUGCUGGCUGAUGUCAGCUAUCUGAUGGCGAUGGAAAAAAGUAAAUCUACCCCGGCGGCCCGGGCUAGCAAAAAAAUCAUAUUGCCGGAACCCAGCAUUCGCAGCGUGAUGCAGAAAUACCUGGAGGAGAGGGAUGAACUGACCUUCGAUAAGAUCUUCAACCAGAAAAUCGGGUUCCUGCUCUUCAAAGAUUACUGUAUGACAGAGAUUGAUGAGGCGAUCCCGCAGCUCAAGUUCUACGAGGAGAUAAAGGAAUAUGAGAAGCUGGACUCCGAAGAGGACCGCCAGUGUAGAAGCCGACAGAUUUAUGAUAAAUACAUCAUGAAAGAGCUGCUGUCCUGCUCCCAUCCCUUUUCAAAGAAAGCUGUAGACCACGUGCAAACUCACCUGGCCAAGAAGCAGGUGCCCCCCACACUAUUUCAGCCGUACAUAGAAGAGAUCUGUGACAGUCUACGGGGGAAGAUAUUUCAGAAGUUCAUAGAGAGGUUUGUACAGGGUUAGGUAAAGAGUAAAGAA